AUGGACACUGCAGCGAUCAACUAUGAUUCUUGGUCCUUGAAAAAUCUUAGAGGUGAUGCUACCAAGCUAGGUAUUUGUUUUUCCUCUAAGGAUGGUGUUAAGACUUUAGCGAGGAAACUCAGAACGUCAGAUCGCAUAGGUGAGAGUUUCGAUGCGCAAGAAGGAGAAAACCUUGCGGAGGCGACUUUGGAAACUAGUCUUAGUUUUGAGCAGAGAUUUCAGUUACAAGAGCGAGAGCUGCAGAUGUUAGAACUGCGGAAGAGAAUUAGUCAGGAACACAGAGAAAUUGGAGAGUUGGAAAGGGAGGUGGAGAGAGAAAGGCGCAAGGCUGAAAGGGAGUUAGAGAGGGAGAGAAGGGAGUUUGAAACUCAAAAAGCCCAAGAAGAAGAAAGGCGUUUGGUACGAGAGGAGGAGAGACUCAGAAACCUUAGAGCUGAAAAGGAAGAAUUUUCUGUAAGAGAGUCUGAAAGGAAACAGGUAAGUGACAAUGAGGUUAAAAGGCCCAAGUUUAUCAAAAUCAGAUAUUGGGUUCGAGCCUCGGAGAAAAAUCCCGACGAGGACUUCGUUCAGUGGGGAAAUAGAACCCGAAGAUAUCUCAGCUACUGGAUGGCCGUUGCCGAGGCUACUGGGGAUGCGGAUAAGACAAUUGAACAGGUUUUGAUGGAGCGACUUCUUGAUGCGGUAAGUCCUGAGCUUAGAGCUUGGUUAAAGGAGCAAAAGCCCAAAACUGCUGAAGAACUUGGCAACCUUGCUAAUUUACAUGUUCAAUCUAGGAAAGGGCCACUUGUUGAGGGGAAGUAUGUGUCAACUGCUAUUAACGAGACAUUUUGGAAAAAGAAGGAGCCAGAUGGUAAGGCGGAUAAUUCAUUGUCUGAACAGAAACGAGACCAAAACUUUCUAAGACCACCCAAACCGUCUUCUCCUCCGGCCUGA